ACUUAAAACCUAACCUCACAUAACCUACCUUUUAUAACGAAAUCAGUAGUCGAAAUUCUACUCAAAGUUAAAAUGUACAGUUUAAUUCGAAAUGCGCGAAAUGUACCCAAAACGUCAUUACAAUGUGCGUGUUUUUCAACAGUUAGACAACCUAAUCCUAAAGAGUCUGACGAAAAGGUCACUAAAACUAUCGAGACCAACACAGAGUCUUCCGCACCUGUAAAUAAUCUACCUACUGAUACUCCUAAAAAAUAUGAUCCCAAAGAUGUAACUAAAGAGGAUAUGAAGUGGCGAACGCCUUGGCAUCAAAAAGAAGCCCAACGCUAUAGUACUCUCAGAACAUUCUACAGUGAGGAAAAUCAGACAAAUCUUCUAAAAUUUCUUCAAACUCCAAUCGAUUUAUCACCUUCUGCUAUCCGAAAAUGGUGGACGGAGAGGAAGGAACAUAGAGAAAUGAUGUUACAGAUGUAUCUACCUGAAAGACAUCAAACGUUGGGUAACGAACUGGCAGCUGCACAUUUUAUUGUUCAUCGAGGAGGCGCCGUGAAAUUUUAUCAUCAAAACAAUUGGAUAAAAGCUAAUGAGUAUAAUGAUUAUAACUUACCAAGAUUUUAUGAAGAAGAUAAAAUAUUGCAGGCCAUUGACUGUAGUGACAUGAAUUUAUAUUACGAAGGUUUAGCAAAUUUGAAAGAUUUGAAACAAGUGGAGUGGUUAAGUUUCAAUGGAGUUGAGAAUUUUGAUGAUUGGUUCUUAGAUAGAAUUAGUAAUAUUUUUAGUCAUAGCUUAGUUUAUUUGGAUAUUAGGAAUUGUCCGAAAUUUACAGAAAGGGGGUUAGGGGCACUUUAUAAGAUGGAUAAUCUUAAGAUCUUGUGCAUUGACGAUAUGUUAAUGACGACUUCAUUUGAAAUGACUUGUUUAAUGUUACAAGAAGUUAAUCCACAUUUAGAUAUCAAAGUUGGUGACUAAUUGUUGUUAAUUUAUAGUUAAGAUAUUUAUUAUGUUUGUAAAAUAGUAAGAGUAAAAUAUUUCUAAUUAUU